CAGUAGCAACAAUUGCAAAGAAUCAGAAGCCAAAGUGAAGUAGAAGAACGUUUAUAAGACAAAAAAAAAAAAAAAAAUAAAGUAAAUAUAUUGCAAUAACAAAAAGAUCCACAAAUAUGAAGCAAAUAAUAUUCGCAUCUAUCCUAGUGAUGUUGCUCUUUAACCUGCAACGCUUACACGCCGCACCACCACAUCCGAAUGAUAUUGAUUUUAAUGACAGUAGCAGCGGAGGUGGAAUAGGCGGUGGCGGCGGCUUUGGCAAUUUAUUCCGUGGCAACAAUAACCCACAAAUGGACUACAAUAUGUUAGUUACGCAUCUGAGGGACUUCUUCAUGUAUUUACCAGUGAUGAUGACAUCGCUCAGGGAGUCCAUGUCUGGAUUUCCGAAGUUCGCCGAAGGUAUACGCAUACUGACUUCGAAAACUGGACGCUUAGAAGGUGCGGAUUGUAAUUGUGAAAAGAAUAGUAAUGAAAUUGACAGCAGACAAUUUGGUUGACAGGUCCUGCAGAUAGUAGUGAAAGGCGAGGAAAUUUCUUCGACUGAAGUGCAAAUGGGUACCUGAUUAAAGUAAAAUAAAAUAAAAUUAAAUAAGUUAAAGUAAAAAACAGAAAAAAAUUAAAAAUAGAGAUAUAAAAAAAUUAAAUAAAUUAAAAAAACAAAUAAAUAAUGAGAAAUAAAAUAAAAUAAUGGUUACCUCAUCAUCAUCAACAAUCCCUAGAGUUCCAAGAUGGAGCAUAGGGCCACGCUACUUGAUUGAAAUAAUUUUAAAUAAAACGAAAUAAGUUAAAAUGAAAUAAAAAAGAACAAAAAAAUUUAGUUUUUAAUUAAAUUAAAUAAAAUAAAUAAAAACCAUAAAAUAUAAAAUAAUAUAAAAUAAAGGUUGCUUGAUUGAAAUAAAAAAUAAAAUAAA